CCAUGGUCGCCUGGCCGUGGUCAAAGCCUCCGCUGCCGCCGCCGCCGCCGCCUCACUUUAUCGAGGCGCACGCCUCGUUCGUCGGAGUGCUGCUCUGCAUCGCCGGCCCGCUCUCUUGCUACCUCUUGCUUGGGCCGCCGCUGAAGGCCAGGGCUCCAUCAAAGCAGCACGGCCGCGCCACGAUGACGACGAUCGACUGGCCUCGCUUAUCCGUUGCGGCGGCGCAACAGAGCAGAGAGGUAUUCGUCGGCUGCGUCGCGCUAUUCCUCGCCCUGCGCACCGUCCUUCGCAUCGCCACGGGGCACACGCGGACCGCCGGAGCCGUGACCUCGGGCGAGCAGGUGGUCGGCGAUGCCGCGAGCUUGGCGGCGGACGUGAUGGCGUACAACAUCGUCUCUCUCGCCUUUGCCUGCUCGAGCAGCGCCCUCGGCGUCUUCGAGUGGCUGGGGCCCAUCCACAAGGUCGGCGGCACAGCCCUCGAUCGCUUGUACGGGCGCUCGCCGCUGGCGGAGCGCCUCUGCCGCCUGACCGCGGGCUACGAGUGCUUCAACCUCAUCGCCGUCGUGCUGCUGCCCGAGUACCGCACCGCCGCCUUCAUCGGCCACCACGCCGUCACCUGCUUCCUCGGCGUUCUCUCGAUGCACCCGUGGUGCCACUACUACGCAACCUUCUUCUUCGGCGUGGCGAGCCUCUCCAGCGUGCCGCUCUGCGUGGGCGAGCUCUUCAGCGCGGCGGGGCUCGAGGCCCUCGUCGAGGCGUCCAAGCCGCCCUUCGUGCUGCUCUUCCUGCUGCUGCGCACCGCCUACUGGCCGUACGUCUCGGCCGGCUUCUGGCAGGACUCGCUCUGGGCGCUGGCCAAGCCCCGCGACCGCGCGCACUCCCUCGUCGCGUACGCGGCUCUGCUGGGCGCCAAUGUCUUCCUCACCGGGCUGCAGGUGUUCUGGACUGGGCAGAUAUGCGCCGCGGUCGGAGAGGCGUUGGGCCAGCAGUGAUCACGGCCGGCAAGCGGUGAUCACCGCACAGAUGCAGCGAAAGUCGGGUGCGAAGUGCGGUAACUACUUGUUAUUGGGUACUUCGCUACAC